AUGCGUUCUUUAGUAGUUCUUCUGUAUAUUGCCUUAUGGGCCUUUGUGACGGCGACAUAUCAUAACCCUCGGUUGCCCAAGACUAUUACGCCCUGCCACUAUGAUCUCAAAGUUCAAACACAUAUACAGGACAUUGGAAACUCACACUUUGAAGGUUCCGUUGGCAUUGUUUUAAAAGUACUGCAGAACACGGACCAGAUUGUUCUACACGCUCAAAACUUAACGAUCAACGAACCAACAAUUAAGUUGGAAAGAUUAAUGAAUUCUCAAAUUAUCAGUAUUGUCUCAACCGAGUUUAAUCCAUCCCUUGACUACUUUGUAAUUCAAACUUCGAAGAAAUUGCAAAAAGCAAGUCUCUAUUAUCUAAACAUAGAAUUUGCAGCUCAAUUAACAAAUACGAAUUUGGGAUAUUUUAUUGAGAAUCUUGAGCCUGGUAAUCCUAUGAAAAGGAGUUGGGCCACGGUAACACAGUUUGAAAGAGUUGGAGCUCGUUAUGCCUUUCCUUGUUUCGAUGAGCCAGCUUUGAAGGCGACCUUCUCCGUAUCUUUAGGUCAUCACAAAAACUAUACAAGCCUGAGUAAUACUGAGAAAUAUGGAGUGCGAUAUCAGGACCAUAAUAUUGAUUACAUUUGGUCUGAUUUUAAGACUACACCAAAAAUGUCAACCUAUUUGUUGGCUUAUUCGCUCAAUCAGUUUUCACACAUAUCUAGUCAAACACAAGGUCCGAAUUCAAUUAAGUUUCGUACUUGGGUCCAUUCAGAUGCCCUCCAAAAUGCGACCUACGUUGCUGAAGUUACACCUAAAAUACUUCAAUACUUUGAGAAGCUCUUUGAAAUUCCAUUUCCCAUGUCAAAAUUAGACCAAUUGAUUAUGCCAACAUUUAAAUUUAAUGGAAUGGAAAACUGGGGCUUAAUUGUGUAUAGGGAAGCAUCUAUCUUAUACAAUCCAGGUGAUAUUAAACAAAAGCAGGAAGUGGCUCGUCUUAUAGCACAUGAAUUGGCCCAUAUGUGGUGGGGGAACCUCGUGACAAUGUCCUGGUGGGGUGAUGUGUGGCUUAAGGAGGGAUUUUCCACAUACUUCAGUGCAAUUGCCGUGGAUCACGUCCACCCAGAGUGGCAAUAUUUCUUAGAAUCUUAUGGCGAAUUACAACUCGAUGCAUUUGAUUAUGAUGACAAGAAAAGAAUAAACAAAGUUUCCAUAUCACAUUCAGUUGUUCAGAGUAACACGGACGAAUGGGAAAAAGAUAUCAGUGUGUUCUACCAUAAAGCUGCCUCAGUAAUAGGCAUGAUGUCUGCUAUACUGGGCAGAGAUGCCUUCUACGAUGGACUGCGAUCGUAUCUAAAAGACAAUGCCUAUGGGAGCACAACGCAGGAUCAGCUUUGGAAUCAUUUGCAAUUAGCCAGCGAUCGUGUGGGUGCAUUGGACAAAGCUUAUAACAUAAGAACUAUCAUGGAGUCAUGGACCCUACAAAGAGGAUAUCCUUGCAUCAAGGUUCAGCGUAAUUAUCAAACGAAUGAGGUCACUGUAAGCCAGAACCACUUCGCCAAUGACACAAAAUCGUGCUGGUGGGUGCCCCUUAGUUUUACAACCCAAUCAGAGAGCAACUUCAGCAACACUCGGCCCCGUUUGUGGCUCAAUUGCAAUGCGAAGGGCAUGGCCGAACCUGUAACGGUAAACCUCAAAUCAUCAGAAAAUGAAUGGAUUGUCUUUAAUAUCCAAUCGAUGGGGCACUACAGAGUUGAUUAUGAUCCCCGAAAUUUGAAAAUGAUAAGUGAUAGUUUACUUCUCCCGGACCAUGGAGGCAUCCAUUUCUUGAACCGGGGCCAACUGAUCAGGGAUUGUAUGUAUUUCGCUAAACUGCAACCUAAGCGGCUCAAUCAGACCUUGGACCUUCUAACUUACUUGAGUAAAGAGCGUGAAUAUAUUCCAUGGAAAAUGUUCAAAGACAACUCUGCUAAGCUGUUGGCGAUAAUGAGCCCAGAAGCCACACAGAAAUUCGGAGCUGAAAUAAUUCAACCGUUAUAUCGGAAAGUUGACGAUCUAAAUGGAGGCAACAGUGAUGUGAUCUUAAGGCCUCUAAUUGAAGAGCUGGCAUGUAAAUUCAAAGUUAAAAAGUGUGUUUAAUAAACCACACAUACUAUUUA